AUGGACCUAGACAACAACAUCAAUAUCAACCUGCCACCCAUUGAGAACAAGGUGUUGAUUAUUCAGCGGGCUUGGCGCGACUUCCUGCAGAGACAGGAAGUGGAAAAGAGGAGUCCCUCUCCGCCCUCCCUCUCCUCCUCUGACAAGAUGAGCAUGUCAAUCAGCAUGAUGACCCUGUCAGAUGGCAGCACCCCGAAUGUUAGCUGA